AUGGAGAAAGUGGUCGUGCUUUGUGUACUGUUGGCGGAGCUCAGCUCUUCUUUUGCUGAAGAAACACCGAUAUACUUCACAGAGGGCAGCAGUCUGACGUUGGACUUGAGGCAUUUUCCUUCCGAGCGUAUCACCAGCAUCCUGUGGAAGUUAAACGGUGAUUUGCUGGCACAGUGUUGUGAAGAUGAGUAUUACUACACAUACAGAGGAACAGCCACCAUGGAUACAUAUACCGGACGUUUGACCAUCAAGGGCAUGACCGAAGCUGAGGAGGGUGUGUACUCAGUGGAGAUUAACAACAAGGUCCUUGUUGAGACAUACAUAAUGAUCAAACGCGUUCCCAAGCCUGAAGUGACAGUCUCCCUUCUGACUAGAAGCCCCGAGCAGGGCCCUUGUAAUCCGAACUGUGCAGGGGACACCACCGAGGCCGGACCCACCACCUCCAGCUGGAAGACCGGAGACGGAGAGUGGAAGGAUUUGCAGAAGGACAUCAUUGAGGAAGAUCAUGGACACGUGGAAACCUUCCCCUGCACUAUGAAGAACCCAUUAAGUGAGGAAGAGAGCGCAGCCCGCUCAGUUCCCUUCCUACCGAGACCACUUGUAGACCCUGGACUCUGGAUCCAAGUGUUAGGGUUGGUGGUGAGAUCCCUGGCUAUCCUCGCCCUGCUGGGGGCCGUGGUGUGUGCGCUGUGGAGGAACCAAGAGACGCUCAGGAGACUGAUGUGUUCAUGCAAGAGCAGAAAGAGUGAUGAUAAAAAUGAAGUUUAUAGCCGGUGUUAACUAUUUUUGAGCAUUACUAAAGCCUGUCAGCCCUCAGAGCCCUUGGGCAGGGAUGCAGUGUGUCUGACAGUCAAAUAUGAGAUGACAUUUUGUAUUGCUUUUAAACAGCUUUGAGUAUUCCUUUGCCCUUUGUUUUGAAUGUUUUGCAGUUUAGGUGUGAAAGUGUUCAGAAGACUUCUAAUGGACAUUCGACUUAAUGAAUCCUACCGGAAAUCCUUUGUAAUUCUAAUACAGUUUUUUCAAAGUCAGGUCUGCUUUGAUAUGUGUUUCUGAUAUUUCCCCUGCAUUCUGUGUAUCCAGCUCAUCAUCCUAUAUACCCUGAGACCGAGGGGGAAAAAGACAGAUUAGACAGCUAAUGGUGGAAAUGUUUU